AUGAGCUCACAAACGAAUGGUGAAAACCAAUACCAUAAAGAACCAGAAGAAGAUAUUGUAGAGGAUUUUGCAAGGCAAUUAGAUACUCUUGUUCAUAUUCAAGAAGACAGUGAUAAUGAUAGUAUCUUUCAUGAAUAUCAACCUAUUCCACAAGAUGAAGCAUAUCAACCCUUAACAUCAGACAAUGAAGAAGAACAAGAAGAACAAGGACCACUGAUGAUAAAAUUAGACGAUUCGAAUAAAUUAAAUUCAGAAACAUCUGAUUUGAUUAAAUCAAUUAUGAGCCAUAUUCAACUAUCCAAUGAAGCCAUACCAGACUGGGCUAAAAAAAUACCAGAAGAAGCGUGGCUACCUCGCGUAAAAAAGGAAUAA